UCCUUUAAUUAAGGUGGUUUGAAUUAGUGAUUACUUUGAUUUCUAAUUAAUUUAAUAUUUAUUUCUAUUCUUGUAACAUUCAACAUUUACUUUUAAUGUGUACAAUUUAAUCUUCAAUUCUAUUAACUAAUUGAUAUUGGUUUUGUUUUUUUUUUCUCUCUUCUGUUGUUUAUUGUGAUUGAUUGACUGAUUGUCUGGUGUUAUUUUUUUCUUCUCUUCUUUUUUUUUCUCAUUGAUAUAGUUAAUAUAUUGUUAAUUUGUUCUUUUUCAUUUUCUAUUCUAUUUGCUUUAUUAGUGUGUAUUUAUCUAUCUGUUUUGUUCUCUUGAAGAUUUACUAUGGUGUUAAUUAAAGAGUAUCGUGUUCUGCUUCCAAUGACCGUUGAAGAAUACAAGAUUGGUCAAUUGUUUGCUGUCGCUGAGGCGAGUAAAAAUGAAACUGGUGGUGGUGAAGGUGUUGAGGUUAUCAAAAAUGAACCUUUCAGUAAUAAUCCACUUCUAGAUGGUAAAUACGGUGAAGGACAAUAUACAUUUAAAAUCUAUCAUCUACAAAGCAAGGUUCCUAGUUUUGUUAAAUAUUUGGCUCCCAAAGGGUCACUGGCGAUUCACGAGGAGGCUUGGAACGCUUAUCCCUAUUGUAAAACCAUUCUUACUAAUCCUAGUUACAUGAAAGAUGGUUUCCAUAUAACCAUUGAAUCUUUACACCUUCCAGAUGAUGGUAAACAGGAGAAUGUCCAUCAACUUGCUCCCAAUAAGUUAAAAAAUCGUGAAGUUCAAAUAAUCGAUAUAGCCAACGAUCCAGUCAGUGCCAAAGAUUACAAAGAAAGUGAAGAUCCAACGAAAUUUAAAUCAAUUAAAACAGGACGAGGACCAUUAGCAAAAGAUUGGGUUAAAACAACGGACCAUAUCAUGUGUUGUUAUAAACUUGUUACUGUCGAGUUUAAAUGGCGUGGACUUCAAAACCGAAUAGAAUCAUUCAUCCAUCAAACAGAGCGACGAUUAUUUUUGUCUCUUCAUCGGCAAAUUUUCUGUUGGAUAGAUAGAUGGUAUGACCUGACAAUCGACGAUAUUCGAGCGAUAGAAGAAGAAACAAAAAGAGAACUCAAUGAGAUUUUAUUUUCUCCAAAAGCUUCGAAAACAAAAUCAAGUUCGAGGAAGAGGAGGCGACGAAUAAAAUGAAAACAAAUCAACAUCAACAUCAACCUCAAGCAACAAAAACUACAAUAAUUACAAUCAAACAACCUAAUCAAUAAUUAUAAACAACAACAACCCAAUUACCUAAAAACUAACUAAGUUAAUAUAAAAAUUGAUGGGAACACAAAGAAAAACCAAAUGAUUGAUAUAUAAUAAUUAUAUUAAUAAACGUUUUUUUUUCUUCUUCUUUUACUACAUAA